CCAUAAUGGCGAUUGCUGAAGCGAUCUUGGGCUUCAUUCAAUGGCGGUGAUCGAGGGAGGUGUCAGUUGAUAAACUUAUGUUGAUAUUUAUAGAGAUAGGAAAUAAAAGAUGAUAACUUUAACGUAAUUUUUAAAAUCGCAAUUAAUUUUUAUUAAAAUUAUGAGUGUCAAAGCUUUUGAUCUAGUGCCUGCUAUUGAAAGGGUGUCCCUUGGAGAUAAAGUUAAAACUUCUAUAGAAUGUUUGGAAUGCUGCGGUAAAGAUAUUUAUGUCGGAACGUCUGAAAGUUUUAUUAUUCACUAUCAUUUAGAAGAUAAAUCACAACCGGAUGGCACAUAUCGAUUUCAGAGUAAAAAAUUGAUGCAAAAAUAUCUGGGUUAUAAAAAACCAGUUUUACAAUUGAAAGCAGUCUCUGCCUUAAAUAGGAUAUUUGCACUCUGUGAUGGAAAUUUUAUGGUUCUUAAUAUGGUCGACUUGGAAACAAUUCCUUCCAUGUCAAAAUUAAAGGGUAUAACAUCAUUCUGUCUAAAUGAAAAUCCAACAGAAAAUAAUCCAUUCAGUGUAGAGGUUUGUUUAGCAAGAAAGAAACAAAUUCAAUUAUAUCAUAUAACUGACGAUAAGAUAAUUCAUAUUAAAGAUGUAAAUUUGCCUGAUUUAACUGUUACAAUGGAAAUGGAUGGAAAUUUUGCAUGUGUUGCCUUAUUAACAAAAUAUAUUGUUGUGAAUAUGGAAACAUGUUAUAUUCAAGAUCUUCUCCCUUAUGAAACAGGAAACUUUAAUCCAAUUGUAAAAAGGAUAACAAAGAAAGAAUUUCUUAUAGGUAGUCCAAGUGCCUUAGGUGUGUUUGUGACAACUGAAGGUACGUCGGAACGUCCACCAAUUCGGUGGGAUGCCGAAAUUGUAGCCGUUGCCUAUGCUCAUCCUUAUCUUCUUGUUCUAAGUAAUGAGUUCCUAACUGUGUUUAGUAUUGUUAAUCAUGAGCAGAAACAGAGGGUAGCAUUUAGAGGUGGAAUCUGUAUGGAUAAUUUUGAUGGAAAAUUAUAUGUAUCUUCGGCUGAUAUUAUUUGUGCUCUCAUUCCUGUACCGUGGGAAAAACAGGUGCAAGCUCUAAUAGCAGACAAAAAAGUAUCGGAAGCCUUGGAACUUGCUGAAUAUGCUAAUAAAUCUGGUCUUUCAAAAGAACAAUGCAAACAAGUCAUGCAGAGGAUAAGACAACAAGCAGGAUUUAUAGAAUUUUCCUUAUUCCAUUUUAGUAAAGCAAAAGAAUAUUUUCAGCUGGGCUGCUUGGAUGUUAGAGAAUUAAUAAGUUUGUAUCCUGAUUUAUUGCCAUCAUCAUCAUCAUCAUUUGUACGUUCGGUUCCACCUCUUCAUGAAAUUGCGAACAUUGAGCAGAUGUGUUCUUCUAAUCCUUCCAUGAUAGAUCAGUGCAAAGAAUUUCUUUUAUUCUACUUAGAAGAAUUAAGAUUAUCACAAAGUGCAGUAAAUUACAAAUUUGAGAUUGAUACGGCUAUAUUAAAGUUAUAUGCUGCUACAAAUUCUCCAAAUCUUCUUAAUUUAGUUGGGAAUUCACAAAUUGUUUGUGAUAAUAAAGAAUGUAUUCAGUAUUUAACUCAGUGUGAAAAAUAUCAUGCAUUAGCCAUCUUUCAUCAUAAUUUGAAAGAAAAUGAUAAAUCACUGCAGAUUUGGGCAAGGCUUAUUCUUGGCGAAAUUUAUGAUGAAGAUUUUCCUGGAUUAGAAUAUUUUGUAGAAUUUUUAUCAAAACUAAGUGAUUAUCACUUAGUGUGGAAAUACGUGGAUUUUGUACUUGAGAAAAAUGAAGAACUUGGAGUAAAGAUUUUUACAAAUCGUCCCGAAAAUGAAUUGCCGUCGGAAAGAAUGAGACCAGAAUUAAUUGUUGAUUAUUUUCACCGAUUUCCCGUAGCACUUAUAAAAUAUUUGGAAUAUCUCGUAUUUGUCAAGAAGUUAGAAAAAGAAAAAUUUCACACGCAUCUGGCCAUCUUGUAUCUGGAAAACGUAUUAAAAUUAAUCAAGUCUGGCGAGGAAUCAAGUAAUUUGGAAAAUGAAAGGUAAUUUAAUAACUUUUUAAAGAGUU